UGUUCUUCUACAUACAUAUUUAUAUUUUUAGUUCAACUUGGCUUUUAUAACAUGUCAUGGGAGAGUAUAGCAAACAAAGAUCUCCUUAGCAUACCCCACAGUCAUAAUCUUUCAGCAACCCAUUUAUUAGCAUCACCUGAUGGUUCACGUUACCUGUUAAAUAAUACCAAUGAAUUUUGUCAAUUGGAUGAAAGUUACUCCCGCUUGGCUGGUUGUGGUUCCAGCCCCGAUGGUACCUCAUUAUGGGCGCGGCAUGGUUACACUCGUUCAAAUAAUUCUGUUAUUAAUUGUUUUUUAGCAUGCCAGCGAAGUUUAAAGCAGUUUAUGGCACGAAGAAAGAUUGAACGAGGCCUUAAACUCUACGAACAACACAAUCAAAAUGCCGCUGUGCGAACAUGGCGUAGUGCUUUAAAGUCGACUAGUCGCCGUGAAGACUGUUUUCAACUGCUGGGCUAUUUAUAUCAGGCACAUAUGGAUUGGGGCAAAUAUCGCGAAGCUAUAGAAUUCGGUCAUCAGCAACUUGGUAUAUCAGAAGAACUAGAUUCUCCCACCAUGCGAGCCGAGACCUAUCUCAAUUUAGCUCGUGCUCACGAGAGAUUAGGUGGUUUGGAAAGAGCCUUAAGCUAUGCAAGACACUCAUUGUAUAAUGAAUGUGGUACGCAAUGCCGUACAGGUGGACUGGUCCAUUUGACUGUUGCGCGUGUCUAUUUGGAAAUGGGGGGAUUCUCAAGGGCUUUUGAAGGUUUACAAGGUGCAUACAAAAUCGCAACUGCGAUAUGUGAUCCUUCAUUAGAAUUGCAGGUUUAUGUUGCUCUAUCUGAACUAUAUGGUCGUCUUCAAGACAAUGAAAAGAGUGCCUCGUACGCUUCAAAAGCUUAUGAUUUGUCACGUUCCUUACAGCUAGGUGAUCUGAAUUCUUCUCAUCAUCGAGCCGCUCUUUUAAGAAUGGCUGUCGCUUUGCGUAAACAGGGUGACUUGGGCGAUGCCCAUGACUAUUGUAUGGAGGCAACACGACUAUCAAUGAUAUCUGGCGAUCAAGCAACAUACAUGCGAAGUAUACGCAUAAUGGGUGAUAUUUAUCGCAAGAAAAUGGACUACGACACAUACGCGAAGAGCCACCUUAUGAGCUCUCUGGUUUUACUUCAUUCACACAGAGCUUUACGUCAAUAUGAACAAGCCAUGGGCAACUCAGCAUCAUUAGGUGAUAGAAUGGCACAAAUGGAAGCCAUGGAUGGUGCAGCACGAUGCUUAGAAGCUUUACGACUACAGCAAAAAAUUUGCAAUUGUCGUCCACUGGAAUUCAAUACUCGCCUACUAGAAGUAGCAAGUUCCAUAGGUGCUAAGUUAUUAGUGCGAAAAAUUCGCAGACGCCUAGCAUUAAUAUAUCGAGCGUUAGGUGAUGAGGAACAAUACAAUACUCACAUACGUCUGGCUAAUCAAACAGACUCAGCACUGGGCUUAAAUUGUGGCGCUUGUGGCGAAGUAUUUGGUCUAGAGCCAGAUUCCUUAGAAGCACUGCCAUGUGCCCACAUUUUACAUGCCAGAUGUGCACAAGAAUUAAUACGCCGUAAAGAUAAAGGCGCACCGAGAGCGUGUCCGGCAUGCAAUAAGGUUUUAAGUUCCCGCUUGCACUUAUGUAGCACCAAUAUUGAUGGCAGUAAUAACUCCAGCAGCACUCUAAAUCCAAACAGUUUGGCUAGGGAUAGUAUUCUUGCCACUAUGGACUCACAUAAUGAUCUUUUUACAUUGCAGAGAAUGAGUAACACAAAUCCAUCCAGUGCUCAAGUGACUCUGAUAAACAACCCUUCGGCAAGCAUUGUUAAAACAUGCUACAGCGAAAACACUAAUAUUUACGGCGGAUUAAAACAGCAGCCACCACAACAGCACAGCAACGCUGAGAGCACCUCUUUAUUAUUAGCCAACAAUUCAAAUUCUCCUAGGCCGGUUUAUCGCAGCAAUUUAUCUUUAGCGUCGUUGAGUUUAAGGGCUUCAAAUCUUACUAUAGAUAGUAGUCGUAAUGCGACUUCAUCGGUUUAAUAAAGCCUUUAAAAAGUUAUAAAGACUCCUUCCCACAAAACAUGUUGUAUGUAGAACUUAAAAAUCCGGUCCUUUUUAUUUUAUACCAUUAAUGGUGAAACUUAUACAUACCUUUUAUUUCAUAUGAAAUUUUAAAAAUACUGAUCCAGGAGUCUUGUACACAUAAAAUGUCAUAAUUUUGAAC